GCACCAGCUGGCUCCGUUAUGGCGGCCCGCAGCCCCAGCGUGGUGAUUAGCGAUGAUGAACCAGGUUAUGACCUAGAUUUAUUUUGUAUACCCAAUCAUUAUGCUGAGGAUUUGGAGAAGGUGUUCAUUCCUCAUGGACUAAUUAUGGACAGGACCGAACGACUGGCUCGAGAUGUGAUGAAGGAGAUGGGUGGCCAUCACAUUGUGGCCCUCUGUGUGCUCAAGGGGGGCUAUAAGUUCUUUGCCGACCUGUUGGAUUACAUCAAAGCACUGAACAGAAAUAGUGACAGAUCCAUUCCUAUGACUGUAGAUUUUAUCAGACUGAAGAGCUACUGUAACGACCAGUCAACAGGCGACAUAAAAGUAAUUGGUGGAGAUGAUCUCUCAACUUUAACUGGAAAGAAUGUCUUGAUUGUCGAAGAUAUAAUUGACACUGGGAAGACAAUGCAGACUUUGCUUUCCUUGGUCAAGAAGCAUAAACCAAAGAUGGUCAAGGUUGCGAGCUUGCUGGUGAAAAGGACCCCUCGAAGUGUUGGAUAUAGACCAGACUUUGUUGGAUUUGAAAUUCCAGACAAGUUUGUUGUGGGAUAUGCCCUUGACUAUAAUGAAUACUUCAGGGACUUGAAUCACGUGUGUGUCAUUAGUGAAACUGGAAAAGCAAAAUACAAAGCCUAAGAUGAGGAGAGUUCGCGUUGAGUUUGGAAAUACCUGGCAUCCCAUUGAAAUCACCAGUGACAUGAUCCAAUGUUCUCAUUCUGUGGCCAGCUGCUUAGUAGAGCUUAUUGCAUGUAUCUCCUAAGAAUUCGAUCUGUUUUGUAUUUUAGAAAUGUCAGUUGCUGCAUUCCUGAACUCUUCAUUUGCACUACGAGCCUAAAGACUAUCAGUUCCCUUUGGGUAGAUUGUUGUUUGACUUGUGAAUGAAAUAUCUCUUAAACCACACCACUAUUGACUGAAAAUAUGGAAAUUGUAUCUGUAAGAAACAUUUAAAGAGAAGAGUAUAUUAGUUUUUUAAUUGGUAUUUUAAUUUUUAUAUAUUCAGGAAAGAACAGAAGUGAUUGAAUAUUGUUAACUAUACCACUGUGUGUUUAGAAAAGUAACAAGCAGUCAGUUUCGUAUCUGUGAGGUAUUGUUAUGUCAGAGAAACUGUAUGUCCUGGAAGUUUUUUAGUAGGUUUCAGUAGUAUUGACUAUAUUUUCUUGCUUGUUCAGAUUAUUUCUGGUGAACGUUUGUCAACAGUUCCUUUUCAAUACAGGUCAGUAAGUUCCAGAAACCUACCACUUUUUGAAUUCUUUAGUGUAAAAAUCCUUCAAAUAAAGGCUGUCUCUUUAAAGGAAA